AUGACAAGGGAUUGGAAUGAGGUUAUCUGGACUAAUGAGGCAAAGUUGGAGUUAGGAGAGAGGCUAGGACAUAGGAUGAUAAGAUCACCAGGUAAAGAAUUUCUUUCCAAGACUAUACAGCCAACCUUCAAGAGUGGCCAUAAAUCCAUCAUGGUAUGGAGGUGUAUUGCACAUGGUAUGAAAGGUCCACUGAUCAAGCUGAAAUUCCCACCUGCAACCAUGAGUGAGAAGGGCUGA